CCGACAUUAACUGAAUCUAAACAUUAAGACGGUUAGUUGUCGUCGAACUUUUGCUCAAUGUAGACUGUUUCAUUAAAAUUGGAUGGUGAUGUAGAAAAAUGACAAACACAUAGUAGUACCUGCGAAAAGUUAGAAAUACAAACAUCAACUAUUCAAAAUAUUCCACUAAUCUAAAGCAACAUUUUUCACACGAAUUCUUUUGAAAAUAAACAAUUGGCAUUUUUUUUCUCUAAAAAUUGGUUCAGUGUAAAUGAAGAAAAUCGACGUUUUUUUGUAAUAACAUACGUAUUGAUUUCAGUGCAUUAAGUGUCAAUAAUACGACGAUAUACAUCGACAGAAUAUUCAAAUAUUGUGGCGUGUGCGUCGUUGAUUUUGUCCUCUAAUAAAUAAACCAUUCACAUACGUAGAUUUCGAUCGAAGAAGUUAACGAAAAAAAAUUAAUAAAUAAAGAUUUUGUUGUGUUUAAAGUGCCUUCAAAUUUUACGCGCAUGUUUUUGUGCUAUUAAUGUGAUAUUUACUCGUCAUUGAUGAAUUAAGUGUAAAUUUCUGAAGGAAAUUAAUUUUUGUUUUAUACAAAUUUCAAAUCGAAUCAAUCGAAUAUAUUCGAUUCGCGCACAUACACGAUAUCGAAUUCAAUGUUCAAAAAUAUGGAUUUAGACAGUGACUACAUUCUGAAUAAUAACAAGAAAAGCGGAGCAAUCAAAUUACAAAUUGUUCCAGCUCAACCGAAGACAUUAUCACAUUUACCAACCCGACCGGCCGUUGAUUUGGCAUUCCAUGACUUGGUGUACAGCGUACGUGAGGGCCGCCGAAAUCAUGAGAAAGAAAUCUUGAAAAAUAUUAGCGGUCGAUUCCGCUCGAAGGAAUUGACAGCUAUUAUGGGACCAAGUGGAGCUGGCAAAAGUACAUUGUUGAAUAUUUUGUCUGGUUACAAAACAUCGAACAUUAAAGAUGGCACCAUCAAAAUGAACGGUCGCGAUCGAAAUAUCAGCCAAUUCCGCAAGCUUAGCGCUUACAUUAUGCAAGAUAAUCAGCUGCAUGGAAAUCUUACCGUUGAAGAAGCAAUGACAGUUGCCGCAAAUCUAAAAUUGAGCGCAAAAGUUUCGAAAAGUGAUAAAAGUGUUGUGAUUGGUGAAAUUUUGAAUACAUUGGGUUUGCAAGAGCACCGUCGCACAUUGACACGCAAUUUAUCCGGUGGUCAGAAGAAGCGUCUUUCGAUUGCCUUGGAAUUGGUUAACAAUCCUCCGGUCAUGUUUUUUGAUGAGCCCACGUCCGGAUUGGACAGUUCAACAUGUUUCCAAUGUAUUAGCCUGUUGAAGUUUUUAGCACGUGGUGGUCGAACCAUCAUAUGCACCAUCCAUCAGCCAUCGGCCCGUUUAUUCGAAAUGUUCGAUCAAUUGUACACAUUAUCAGAUGGCCAAUGUGUUUAUCAAGGAAGUACAAAACAAUUGGUACCAUUCUUGAGCACAUUGAAUUUGGAAUGCCCGAGCUAUCACAAUCCGGCUAGUUAUAUCAUUGAAGUUGCAUGCGGCGAACAUGGAGAUCACACCAAAAAAUUGAUGAAUGCCAUCGAAAAUGGACGCAAAGAUAUUCGCACCGAAACUGAUUUUGCCAAUUUAAAGAGCCGUUUUGAUAUCGCCAAAGUACCCAAUUUGAAAGCCAAUUUGGAUAAAAAUGUUGUCGGUAAUGUGACCGAAAAAUUCACCGACAAUCUCAACUCAAACGGUUCAAAUAUAUUACAAUCGACUAUCAACGAUAUUGCCAAAGAUGAUAAAAAUACUGUUGCCAUUCCAGUGGAAAAUGAAAAAGAUAUCGAUGAAGUCAAUUCGGCUUUGCUCGGCGGAGAUGAAAUCAACUCACCCGAACGAUACCCAACGUCACAAUUUAGACAAUUCUGGACAGUGCUCAAACGUACACUUUUAUUCAGCCGACGUGAUUGGACCCUUAUGUACCUUCGUUUAUUUGCACACAUUUUGGUUGGUUUUCUAAUCGGAGCUCUCUAUUAUGAUAUCGGAAACGAUGGUGGCAAAGUCUUAAGUAACUUGGGUUUCCUUUUCUUCAACAUGUUGUUCUUGAUGUACACCUCCAUGACUAUUACCAUUCUUUCAUUCCCACUUGAGAUGCCUGUACUGCUGAAAGAGAAUUUCAAUCGUUGGUAUUCAUUGAAAUCAUACUAUUUGGCAAUCACAGUCUCGGACAUCCCAUUCCAAUCGAUAUUCUGUGUGGUUUACGUGUCAAUCGUAUAUUAUUUCACAUCGCAACCGCUGGAAUGGUUCCGAUACUUUAUGUUUUUGUCUGCCUGUUUGUUGAUUUCGUUUGUUGCACAAAGUGUUGGUUUGGUGGUGGGCGCUGCAAUGAAUGUACAAAAUGGUGUCUUCUUGGCGCCAGUGAUGUCAGUUCCGUUCCUGUUGUUCUCCGGAUUCUUCGUAUCAUUCGAUGCAAUUCCAAUUUAUUUGCGAUGGAUUACAUACUUGUCAUACAUUAGAUAUGGUUUUGAAGGGACAGCAUUGGCUACAUACUCGUUUGGUCGUGACAAAUUGAAGUGCCGCCAAACCUACUGUCACUUCAGAUCACCCGAAACCACCCUACAAGAAUUGGAUAUGGUUGAUGCUAGCUUUACACUUGACAUUGUUGCCUUAGUCGUAAUAUUUUUGGUUUUGCGUGUUUGUGCAUACAUUUUCUUGAGCUGGAAAUUACGUUCGUCACGAUAAAAAACAGAACGUACAUGUAUGUGCCAGCUUAUACGUAAAAUUAAGUGCGAUGUUACAAAAAUAGAAAAAACAUCGGCCAUAAAAAGGCUGAGACUUUUAUCUAUUCGUGUUUUUUUUUUUUCUUUAUGUAAAAUGUAAUUAUUUUAUUCUAAAUUAAUAGGUUAAGUAAAUGAAAAAAACAAACAUACAUAAUUCCUGGUGAUUUUUUUUGUUGAAUUUGUAAAAUGGCACUAAAUAUUUUGCAUUGCGCCAAACAAUUAGAAUGUAAAUGAUUAUGCUCAACUGAGUGUUGAAUGGAACCAAAUUUGAAUGCAGAAUAUUCAUAUAGUUACCGUGAAAUAAAAAAAAAAACAGAACGAAUUUAGCGCAAAAACAAAGGAAAGGAUAUAUUUCGAUUUUCAGCAAGCUACCACAAACAAAUGGUCCAACUCUUGCCAAAAAUUCUUUUAUACACUCUACCCCUUCAUCAAACGAACAUUUAUUUAUAUUUAUACAAUAAAGUAAAAUAAAACCAUUUCUAGAGCAUUUUUGCUGAAAGAAAAAACGAAUUAGAACAAACUUUUUGAUAUUCACACCGAACUAAAAAAGGGGAUGAACAAAUUAAAAA